AUGUCAGCUUUCGAGAUUAAUAUACUUGGUGCUUCUGGUGGUCCACUAGAUGGAGGUAAUCAGGGAAUAUUGCUAUCGAAAGCUGGGAGUGAUGCCUUAAAGAAGUAUAUCUGCAUUGACGCAGGGUCCGGGCUUCGACAGAUAACAUCAAUGCUGAUAAAAAACGCCAAAAUGAAAAAUGCACGUCAAGAGUUUCUCUGUCAAGAUGAUAUGACAGAAAGUCUGUUCGAGAACCUGGAGGAGCCUGUGGGCUGCUUUGUGGAUAAAAGCAGUAGUAUAAUGCGGGGACUUGGGCCCAGCGCGACCCCACAAGAUGGAGAAUCGGUCAUGACGUUGGCACUGCGGAUAUUCAACAAAGUUGAAGAGUGCUACAUUACUCAUCCUCACUUAGACCAUGUGGCAGCACUUGCUAUCAACACCCCAGCAUGCAACUCAAACGGCAAAUCGAUAUGGGGCCUCCGUCCUACCGUAGAAGCUUUAAAAAAACACAUUUUUAAUGAUGUGAUAUGGCCCAAUCUACUGGAAGAACCCAGAAUGAAGCUAAGGGUUAACUCACUGGAUGAAGCUCAGCGCCACAGAGUCUCGUGUAUACCUAACUGGUUCAUAACCCCGUUAAGGUUGAUGCACGGAGUAACAGUUCACGGAAGCAACCCUUGCCCCAGUACUGCAUAUCUGGUUGAAGACGAUACUACCAAAGAUGCAAUCUUGGUUUUUGGGGACUUAGAAUCUGACCUUAUAUCUCGUAGAAGAUUCGUUUCCAAUAUUUGGAGGCAUUUGUCGAAGACUGUAGCCUUCGAAAAAUUAAAGGCUAUCGUGAUCGAAUGUUCUUGUCCAAACGCAACGAAAGAUGAACAUCUUUUUGGGCACCUUUCUCCAAAAUACUUAGUUCACGAGUUGAAAUCGCUAAGCAAGGUGUAUGGCCGACCGCUUGACGGGCUUCACGUUAUCAUAGUACAUGUCAAAAUGGCCUCUGGAGGAAGGGACCCUCGUCUUGUAAUUUUGGAUGAAGUCAGGCAGCUUGCUGCUGCCGAAGGUUUGGGCAAAAUAGUCAUCUCAAUUGCAAUUGAGGGAUACACAUUUGUAGUUUAG